AUGCGCCUCCUCAAGUCGCAAAUAGACCAGAAGCAUGGCUCAGGCUUUGCAACCCUCCUACCAGAGGAGCCUGAGGAUAUGUGGCACGCCUACAACAUAAUCCAACCCUCAGACCGUCUCCGCGCCCGCGCCAUCCGACGCGUCACAAAGACCUCAGAUAGCGGUUCUGUCGCUUCCACGCGCAUUACCAUGGAUCUCACGAUCUCAGUAAUCUCGACUGAUUUCGACAUUGGCAGCGGCCAACUGCAUGUCGCAGGCAAGGUCGCUUCCGAAAACGAGCACGUCAAGCUCGGUUCACAUCACACCCUCGACCUUGAACUGCAGCGAAAAUUCACAUUAGAAAAGGGUAAUGGCUGGGAUUCAGUAGCUCUGGGGUUACUGCGAGAGGCGUGUGAUUCUGAGAAGCGUGCAGAGUUAUGGGCGGUAGUAAUGGGUGAAGGAAUAGCGAAUAUUUGCGUAAUCACAGAACACCAAACCAUCCUUCGUCAACGCAUUGAGGUCCCUGUCCCGCGGAAACGGAAAGGCGUAAUAGACGGACACAACAAAGCCAUGGACAAAUUUUUCAGUACCACGCUCUCGACUCUCCUCCGCCAUCUCGACCUUGCCAACUCAUCACCCCAAACGGACAAGACCGUGCCCUUGCUCCUCGCAAGCCCAGGUUUCCUUGCGCAGACAUUUCUAUCAUAUCUCAAGGGCGAGGCAAUCCGGACAACGAAUAAACCAUUACUAGCCAUAAUACCGAGCAUAAUGGUCGCGCAUUCCUCGUCUCCACAUGUACACUCUUUGUCAGAGGUCUUGGCUUCACCAGCUAUUAGAUCGACGUUGUCCGACACGAAAUACGCACGAGAAACAGCACUCAUGGACAGAUUCCAUUCACUUCUUAGACAAGACGAUGGUCGCGCGUGGUAUGGACCUAAAGAAGUUGAGCAGGCGGUAGAGAAGGGCGCCGUAGGCAGAGGAGGCGGCGUACUGUUAAUCUCAAAUGCCUUAUUCCGUGCUCAGAAUGUAGCAGAAAGAAAGCGUUGGGUGGGAUUAGUAGAUCGGGUAAGGGAAGUUGAAGGCGGAGAGGUCCGAGUAUUGAGCUCGUUGCACGAGAGCGGAAAGCGGUUAGAGGGGCUAGGGAACAUCGCUGCUAUCCUUACCUUUCCCCUAGAAGAUCUGGAUGAGGAGGAAGAAGGGAUAGGAGGUGGACAGGACGAUGAUGCGGAUAUGGUGAUCUAA